AUGAAGAUAAUUAUAUAUUUUUGCAUUUGGACAGUAGCAUGGGCCAUUCCAGUUCCUCAAAUCAAGCCAUUGGAGAGACAUGCUGUUGACAAAUAUGUGAAUUUAAAUCUUCUAGCAAAAUUGAAAGUGUCAAUACAGGAUGAGUUAAAUGCCAACGAUACCACCAAAGAAAGUGGCGUCCUGCUGCAUGAAAAUGAAAGAGGAAGGCAACAGUACAACAAAGAUGGUUACGAAGGAGAGAGAAAUGGUUCUAAGGGGGCAGAAGUGGGAGAGAAAAGUUCUUCUACACGUUCCACGUUAGCAAAUGAAGAGGGGAAUACUGAGGAUCUGAAUGGGGGCACAGGAAAACCAGAAACAUAUGGUCAUAAUGGGAUCCAUCAAGAAGACAGCACCACAGCAAAUGGCAUCAGGGGACAAGUAAGCAUCAUCGACAGUGCUGGAACAGCAAAUGGGAGCAAUAUUAAUGGGAUUACUGAGAACAAUUCCAAAAAAGGGGGUGUUGGAAAUGCAAGUCAGAGUGAAGAUGCCACUGUUGUCCAAGAAGAUGGACAUCAAGUAGCUGGAAGCAAUAAUGGUACAGGCCAUGAGGAUGAAAUAAGUGGGAAUUUCUGUAGAAAUGGAAGUGAUACAAGUGAAAAAACACCUCAGAGAGAAGGCGAGAGCAACGGGAAUGAGGAGACAGGGGUAACACCAGGGGAAAGUGGAGAUAGCAAUAGAGAAGAUGUUGCCUUCGAUAAUUCUGAUGGAAGUCCUAGUGGGAAUGGAGCAGAUGAAAAUGAAAACAAGGGCUCUGGUGAUGAUGAAGGUGAAGAAACAGGGAAUGGAGAAAAAGGCCCUGAUAACAGCAAGAGGCAAGAGGGUCAACCUCAUGAAACAAAAGAUGGCGAUGACAAUAGCUUAGGUCAAAAUUCAAUUAAUAGUGAAGAUGAUGACGCUGCAGACAAAGAAGACACCCAUGCCAUUGAUGGAGACAACACUUCCAAGAGUGAGGAAGAUUUUGACGGUAUUUCAGGAGACAAUGGUAGCCAAAAAAUAGAGGACACUCAAAAACCCAAUCACAGAGAAAGCAAAGCUGUGGAAAAUGGAAUCACUGAAAAAUUAGAGCCACCUGCUAUUGGGAAGAACCAAGUUAAGGGAAUAGAAAUGGAAAGUCCCAGCAGUGGCAACAGAAACAAUAUUACCAAAGAAGCUGGGAAAAUGAAUGAAGAUAAAGAGAGUAAAGGCCAACAUGGAAUGACUGUGGGUGAAGGAAAUGUCAAGACACAAGAAGAGGUUGACAUCAUGCAAGGACCUGGCCAGAAUUUAGAACCUCAAAAUAAGUUUGGACCCAGCAAAACACGUAGUGACAGUGAUGGCUAUGACAGUUAUGAGUUUGGUGAUGAAUCCGUGCAAGGAGAUGAUCCCAACAGCAGUGAUGAGUCUAAUGGCAGUGAUGAUACCAAUUCUGAAGGUGACAACAACCACAGUAGCCGAGGAGAUGAUUCUUAUACCUCUGAUGAAUCAAGUGAUAAAGGCAAUGACAGUGACUCAAAAGGAGGAGAAGAAGAUGAUAGUGAUAACACAUCAGAUGCUAAUGACAGUGGUAGUGAUAGUAAUGGUAACAAUGGUAGUGAUAAGAAUGGAAAAUCAGGCAGCACCAAAGAUAAAUCAGAUAGUGACAGCAGUGGCAGUAGUGACAGCAGUGAUAGCAGUGACAGCAGUGACAGUAGUAGUGGCAGCAAGUCUGACAGCAGUGACAGCAGUGGCAGUAAUGAUAGUGACAGCAGUGACACUGGUGACAGCAAAUCAGACAGCAGUGACAGUAGUGACAGUGACAGUAAAUCAGACAGUGACAGUAAUGACAGCAGUGAUAGUGACAGUAAAUCAGACAGUGGCAGCAGUGACAGCAGUGACAGCAGUGACAGUAGUGACAGCAAAUCAGACAGUAGUGACAGCAAAUCAGAUAGCAGUGAUAGCAGUGACAGUAGUGACAGUGACAGCAGUGAUAGUGACAGUAAAUCAGACAGUGACAGCAGUAACAGUAGUGACAGCAAGUCAGACAGCAGGGACAGUAGUGACAGCAGUGACAGUAGUGACAGCAGUGACAGUAGUGACAGCAAAUCAGAUAGCAGUGAUAGCAGUGACAGUAGUGACAGUGACAGCAGUGAUAGCGACAGCAGUGACAGUGCAUCCGACAGUGGUGAUGAGAGUGGCAGCAAGAGCAAGGCUGGUAACGGCGACAACAAUGGAGGUGGUAGUGACAGUGAUAGUGACAGUGAAGGCAGUGACAGUAAUCACUCAACCAGCGACGAUUACAACUAA